AACACAACACAGUACUAAACUAUCGUUAAACUGCUAUUCGUUCCUCGUCGAUUUAUGGAUCACUGGGUUGGUUGUACUAGGAUGUGAACUCCACUUUCUUGAUAUGGUGUUGACUUGAUAAUUAUUUUCAGGGCAAGGUCAAAACUUAUAUAUACCGUGCGAGAAUGUUAUCUUCUCGUGAUGAAUUCGACCAUUUCUAUUAUCCAGAAGAAAAAAACCCUCUUUUUUCCUUGCUAGAAGAACUUAUGGGAUAGGUAAUAAUUUGCCAAUUUUUUUAUUUUUUAUUUUAUUUUAUGGAGAUAGAGGUGGGAUAAGGUGUAAUAAAUUUUGGGUAUGGGUUGCAAAGUUUGAUCUUGGAAGGCCACAACUUCAGCUAGGGUUUGACCCCUUAGGGCGCUUCUAGUCACGGUUGGACCAACAACUAUCAGUCUCUUGAACGUCCUCAAUAGGCGGUUCAAGAGAUUGACGGACGAAAACAAAAACGGUUGCGAUAACGAAGGUUCGAACGAGAGACUCAUUAAUAAAAUGUUCUCAUAUCAUAUCAAGAACCAUUUUAUUGAUUCUAAUUAAUAACUCGGGUUGUUGGAAAAAUACUCGAGCUACUUAUCUAUUAUAUCAUAAAUAUAUCUUUACCGCCGUGCCCAUUACUCAAUUCCAAACUUCCAAUCACAAGUUAGCUACGUGGUCGAUUUGUUAGUGGACCAGGCUGCCUCAAUUAUUUCUCUCUCGUUUUUUCACUCUGUCCCUGAGCUUCGCCGCCGGCCCUUCCUCAUAAAUGCUUAGCUACCAAACAAGGAAGAAAGAAAAAUUAGAGUUGGCAACGGGUGGGAUCGGGACGGAUAGUGCAAUAUUCGUUACUUUCUUUAAUGUAAUCCGGAUUUUGCACAUACAUAUAUCCCUUAAAGAAUCGAGUAGAAACUCAAAAUCAUGCUCAUACCCGUUCGGGUUCGGGUAUCCACGAUUAUCUAAGAGUAAUAGUUUCACUUUAUAACUCCAACCAACAUGUUAACACGCACACAUGUACUCGCGUCGGAUAAGUGGCAAAAUACGACAAUAAUUUACUAGAAUGAAGAAAAUUAAUGUCAAGCAACAGAAUUUCAUGAAAACAACAGUGUCAUCACAAUAUUCCACCACACCGUUCUUCAAGCCAGGAGCCUAUCCUCUCUGAAGUUUCGUCGCGCUGAAUACCAUCCACCCCAAACCCUAAUCGACAACUCGAACGCGAACCAAGGCGAUCACCAAACCCCACACCCUAAUCAACAACUCGAACCCGAAGUUUCGUCGACAUUUUAUUCUCCACUCGUGAACCGGAAAACUCCACAUUCGUAACUCUUCAUAAACUUAAUUUCAUCCAAAAAGAAAGUAAUUCUCUCAUAAACAAACAAAACAGUCGCAAUGUAAGUAGCAUCCAAAUUAAGAGUAGCCUCCAGCAAUUUCACAACCAACUGGUGGUUGGAACAUGCUGUGCUGAUUUCAUUUUCGGAGGGCCCUCAAGAGCGGUAGGAUUUUAAUUUGAACCUGUCUCGUCGGAUUUUAUCCGAUCUAAUUUGUACUAGCGUGGUUAUUAUACUUAGUUCGCAGUAGUGUGAGACGAGCACCAGUAUUGACUCAUCUUCUCUAAAUUUAUCCUUCUUCUUUUUUUUGUAUUUCUCCUAUUUUUAUUAUUGGUCAAUCAUAUUUUCGAUCAAUGAAACUUUGAAUAUGUGCAGGAUUUGAUCUUUCAACUAAUUGGACUCAACUACCCAUUUCAUUACAAUUAUUUUCCAUUCAUGAAAUGUUUUUCUUUUUAACUAAUUGGACUCGGAUUACCUAAACUAAUUUUUAGCAUUUUUCCCUUUCAAAUAACAAGUGAGAAUGAGUCGACCUGCCCCAAUUCCAAUUAAAAAUACCCUUCCCAUCUUUUUGGCAUUACUCAGGUUUUCACAUGCCCCAAAUUUCACUAUCUUCUUUACAAAGUGGACAUUUGUAACCUUUGUGCUGAGGCCUGAGAGAUUCUAGAAGCAUCAUUGAAUAUCACUCCUGCAAUCAAUAUCAAAAUCUUCCCAAGAUCAAUUCACACACCAUUAUUGGAGACUUUGUCUUUGUAAAGUGUAGCUAUCUUUCAUAACGUCAAGUUUUGUUCGAUCUUCUGCAUAAUAGUGUAGUUAUUAGCCCUGUAAUGGAAUAUGGUAAGGAGUGCUGAAACCAUUCUCGCAUUCUUCGUGAUUUGGUUGAGUACUAACGGGGAGAGUGACUAAACGUGACACGUUUCAGUAAUCCAAGUGACCGGAGUUGGACGCAGCCACGCAGGCCAACGUGAGAGUAACUAAAUGUGACAUGUUUCAGUAAUUCGAGUGACCUAAAUUGAUAUUAAAUUUUUCUAAUGACUAUGAUACAUCAAAUACUAUGAUAUACAAUACAUCAACCCAUUCAUAAUAAGCAAGGUUUGCCAAUCCUGUUUAACCUAUUGACCCAGUCAAGUAAGUUUUAAGCCGAUUUAGCCGAAUAUAUGAAAAAAAAUCAUUAUAUAGUUCAUACAUUUAUAGAUUAUACAAUAACCUUACAACGCAAUGAAUAUGUGAGACCCAUUUUCUCACCGUAUUUGGAGACCCAUUUUCUCACCGUAUUUGGGUCAAAACAGGUCGACAACCUUCAUAAUAAGUAAAGGUGAGGACAUUCGUCAUGUUAUCCAAAAGGAAACAAAAAUAACUAGCGGUGGAUCCAUCUCGAAUACUGUUGACUCGUGAACCAGAAGUAAACACGCACGCAUAGGCCCAUACAUACAUCAACAACACUCUUAAAUACAUGGCCAACUGGAUACGUAAGAGGUCUAUCUUCUUCUUCUUCUUCUUCCCUGCUUCACACUCUUCCUUAUCUCCAUCUCAUCAAUUCCUCUCUCUCUCUCUCUCUCUCUCUGUUACCACCUAUCUGUCUCUCACAUUGCAUUUAUAAGGACCUACACACACAGUCCCAUUUCUAUCCUGCACCUCCAUAAACAACCCUACAACCUUUCUUCACCACCACAGCUUACACCAGAGAAAAUGAAGGUUGACACGCUAGAGACCACCAUUGUUAAGCCUGUCCAUCAUGAUCGUCGUCGGUUGUGGCUGUCCAACUUGGACCUCCUGCACGGCAGGAUCCACCUGCCCACGGUCUACCUCUUCAGGCCCUCGUCGUCGUGGUCGCCCGCAGGUGCAGGCGACGACGACGUGAGGAGCAGCGUGGCGUCGAAGCAGAAGGGUUACUUCGACGCCAAGCUGCUGAAGGAGGCGCUGAGUCGAACCCUCGUCACGUUCUACCCGCUGGCGGGGAGGCUGGCGAGGGGGGACGAGGAAGGGGGCAGAGUGGAGGUGGACUGCAAUGGGGAAGGCGUGCUGUUCAGGGAAGCCGAGGCGGAUGCCUCGUUGGACGAGCUCGGCGAGUUCAUGCCUGGAGCCGAGCUUCUCAAGCUGGUGCCGAGGGUGGAUUACUCACAAGGGAUCUCUUCUUACCCUUUGGUGGUUCUUCAGGUCACGAGGUUCAAGUGUGGAGGAGUGAGCCUUGGAACCGGUAUUCAUCACAGCUUGGCUGACGGGGAAUCAGCUCUGAGCUUCAUCAACACAUGGUCCAACAUGGCUCGGGGUCUUCCCCCAGCCGUUUCACCGUUCCUGGACCGCACUAUUCUUCGAGCGAGGAACCCACCUUCCCCGAAAUUUCACCACUCCGAGUACGACCCAGCCCCAACCCUGAUCAACAACCCGAACCAACUGGUAAACCCUUCGAAAAAACCCACUACCAUGGCCAUCCUCAGGUUCAAACCAGAAGAACUCAAUGCCCUGAAAGAGCUGGCAAACCCUGGCACGAACGAAUCAAAGGUCAGGUACAGCACGUACCAGAUCCUGACGGCUCACAUUUGGCGCUGCGUGAGCAAGGCACGCGGCCUUGCUGAUGAUCAGCCGACGAGGCUGCACAUGUCGGUCGAUGGUAGGUCGAGGUUGAACCCGCCGGUUCCUUCCGGGUACUUCGGCAAUGUAAUUUUCCAUGCCACUCCAAUUGCCACAGUUGGGGAGCUUGUUAAGGAGCCAAUGGUUAGGACCUUGGAGAGGAUUAGGCAGGCGAUCAAUAGGAUGGAUGAUGAGUACCUGAGGUCGGCUAUUGAUUACUUGGAGGACCCUGAUGACCCAGCUAGCGUGAUGCAAGUUCCGGGGACUUGUCAAUCGCCGAAUUUGAAGAUCAUUAGUUGGAUACGGCUGCCUUUUGAGUAUGGUGAUUUCGGGUGGGGGAAGCCGUUGUAUUGUCGCCCUGCAAAUUUGUUUGAAGGGAAAGGAAACCUUCUCCCCAGGAACGCUGAUGGGAGUCUUUCCCUAGCGAUUUGCCUCGAGGAGGAUGCUAUGGUGGCAUUUCAGAAGCUGGUUCAUGAUGUUGGUAGUUGUUGAUGAUCAUUGUUGUAAGUGUUGCCUUUAUUCUAUAUCUGUAGCAUCAUUUCAAACUAGUAAACCUCUGUUCUAUGGAAGUUUCAACCUUCUCCAUCAGCUGCAGAAAGAGCAACAACAUGAAAAAGAAUCGAGCAAAAGCAAUCAUGGAUGACAACAAGCGAUCUAUGAUCCAAGGUCCACGGACAAUCUUACUACACUAGCAAAUUAACAGCAUUAGAAAGAGUCGAAGUAUUCCAUUCAACAAGGUCCAACAAAAAUAUCAUCACACGCAAGACUAAGCAGAACAAUCCUUUUAUAAAAAAAUUGUUCAAAGAACAACAAGGCCCUCAGAUAUCAUAGUACUGUUCAGUAGUAUCAUGAUGGUGGAUUGUGCUAAUGGCAAUUCAUAGAAGUCCUCUCAAACCACCACAAGACAUUGGGACAGUGUACAUUACUGGGGGAAAAGAUCAAUGAUGAUAUGGACAUGGAUAGAUAGAUAGAUAUAUAGAUAGCUAGAGAGGCAAAAGCCAUGGCUAUGGUUGUUUCAUCUGGAGAAAGAGAUGGAGAGAGAGAGAGAGCUGUGGUGGUGCAAAAAGACUAGCUAUGAACUGAACCAUGCAACCACCCUCAUCAGUGGGUUACAAUUUCCAUCACUGGGCGGGCAGACCUAACUAGAUAUGAUUCUGAUAAACAGAUAGUCAUUAAACCACAGCCUUCAAACAAGAAAGCAGGAAAACGGGGGGAAAUCACAAUCCACUGCAAUUGGGAAUGGGCAUUUCAUAACACAGAAGGCUCAGAAGCUCUUAUCUCUAUCACCUUGAAACUAGUUCUCACUGGUUCUCCAUUUACCCAUUUCAGCACACAUUCAAAGAUUAUGGCUUUUGUAUGUUAACAAAUCAUGAAUUCAUUCCAUGGCAGCACAAGGCAAUAAUACUCUACACUCUCAACUUGAACCCAUUAAGCAAGAAGCCAAGAUCAUCCAAAUGGGGAAAAAUUCAUAAUCAAACAUGCCCUCACAUCCUUCCAUCUGUGAGAAUUCAACAGACGGAAAAAUGUUUUUUUCUCUUCUCACUGUAACACUCCCCCAUGCGUGAAAACCACUGCAGCCACCAGCAAUGGUAUGAGCAGCAGCAGCAGCCGUUAACAACAAGAAGAAGAAUCAGUGGUCAAUGAAUGAAUGAAUGAUGAUGAUGAUGAUAAUAAUAACCAUUGCAACCAUGGCGCAUUUGAAGAGAAGAAGAAGAAAAGGAUUAGGGAAUAGGGGAGCUCAAGAGCAAUCAUGCAAUCUCAUCAUUGGGCAGAUUCAGUGAAAAUAAACUACGAAUCAAAGUAUCCGAUCACUGUAAAACCUUCUCUCGCCACCGCGCAGCGGUGAAUGAGUGCGACGGAGGGGUGGGCACUGGCCGGUGUACGAUGCGGUGGCGGAGGAAGUUUCGUCGGCGAACUCUUUGAUAAAGGAAUUGAAGCAGGCAAAUUGAAGAAGGGGAAAACUGAAGAGCGAUGGCAAAAAAAAUAAUAUUAAAUUAGCUAUAUUUACGUGGACCAAAAACCAACAGAUCAAUAUGGAGUUUUGUACGUUUAGCCCACAUUGCCCGAAGGGCCCAACCCAAUUAAACAGGCCCAAACCGCUUAUGGAAUUGAAAUGACCACCUUAUCCUUAUUUCUCUUUCUCCGAGUUCGGCACCAACAAAGAGACGGCGGAUCACUGAGUCCGUGAAAAACCGCUAACUCGUUUCGCGGGAGAUUAACGAUGAGCGAACCUCUAACGACGACGGAAAGACGCCGUGAAAAAUUGUAGAACAUUUGCGACUUUCUCUUCACGUAUUGAAAUUGAAAAUUCUGACUACUUACUAUUUGGUUAAAGCAAACAUAUUUAGCAAGCUCCAUUCUGAUAUUAAAAAGACAUUGAAAUA